UUUUUUAGAUUGAAUUUUUGCAAGGAAUCGGCGACAUUUUGUGAAUUCAACGGCCUAUUCUGCUGCAAAUGUACAAUAAAAAUGCAUACAAUAUCACCAUAAGGAGCAAUUAUUGACUAAAUGUUUGCACACAACACACAAAUUGUCAAUAGUUCAGAAUCAUUGGCAAAGCUACCCCACUCCACCCAAGAAAAGGAGAGAGAUGGCCUCCCUUUCAUUACCAGUGUGUAUUGCUGGGAAGAGUAUUGAGAAAAUGGCGAUGGUGGACGAGCGGCUCUAUCCGAUAGCAGUACUGAUAGAUGAAUUAAAGAAUGAUGACAUUCAGCUACGCUUGAAUUCUAUACGGAAAUUAUCGACCAUAGCACGUGCGCUUGGGGAGGAGAGGACACGCAAGGAGUUAAUCCCAUUUCUUAGUGAGAACAAUGAUGAUGAUGAUGAGGUGCUGCUGGCAAUGGCCGAAGAAUUAGGCGCCUUCAUGCCAUAUGUUGGUGGGGCGGAGCAUGCACAUGUGCUCCUCCCUCCUUUAGAAACACUGUGUACGAUGGAAGAGACAUGUGUGAGGGACAAAGCUGUGGAAUCGCUAUGCAAAAUUGGGUCACAGAUGAGGGAAAGUGAUUUAGUCGACUCAUUUAUUCCUCUCGUGAAGAGGCUUGCUGUUGGUGAAUGGUUUACAGCUCGAGUCUCAGCGUGUGGACUAUUUCAUAUUUUUUAUCCAAGUGCCCCAGACUCAUUAAAGCCUGACUUAAGGGAAAUGUACAGUCAGUUGUGCCAAGAUGAUAUGCCAAUGGUUAGAAGAGGUGCUGCAACAAAUUUGGGAAAAUUUGCUGCCACUGUAGAACCUGCUCAUCUCAAGACUGAAGUCAUGUCUAUGUUUGAGGAUCUUACACGAGAUGAUCAGGAUUCUGUUCGCUUGCUAGCUGUGGAGGGCUGUGCUGCACUUGGAAAGUUACUGGAAUCUCAAGAUUGUGUUGCACAUGUUCUCCCUGCAAUUGUAAACUUUUCACAGGAUAAGUCUUGGCGUGUCCGCUACAUGGUUGCCAACCAGUUGUAUGAGCUUUGUGAGGCUGUGGGACCUGAUCCUACUAGGACGGAUUUGGUUCCUGCUUAUGUCCGCCUACUCCGAGACAAUGAAGCAGAAGUGCGAAUAGCUGCUGCUGGGAAAGUGACAAAAUUCUGUCAAAUUCUUAAUCCCGAACUUUCUAUUCAGCACAUUCUCCCAUGUGUCAAGGAAUUGGCAUCUGAUUCUUCACAACAUGUGAGAUCUGCUCUGGCAUCUGUUAUAAUGGGAAUGGCUCCCGUUUUGGGGAAGGAUGCAACAAUCGAACAACUUCUUCCCAUCUUUCUUUCCCUCCUGAAAGAUGAAUUUCCUGAUGUUCGUCUUAACAUUAUUAGCAAGCUCGACCAAGUCAAUCAGGUCAUAGGAAUCGAUCUGCUCUCCCAAUCUUUGUUACCAGCCAUUGUUGAGCUGGCCGAAGAUAGACACUGGAGAGUCCGCCUCGCUAUCAUAGAAUACAUACCAUUAUUGGCCAGUCAGUUGGGCGUCGGAUUUUUCGAUGAUAAGUUGGGUGCACUUUGCAUGCAGUGGCUGCUCGACAAGGUUUACUCCAUUCGAGAUGCUGCAGCUAAUAAUCUGAAGCGUCUGGCAGAAGAAUUUGGUCCCGAGUGGGCAAUGCAGCACAUAGUUCCUCAGGUUUUGGAAAUGAUAAACAAUCAACACUACCUGUAUCGAAUGACUGUUCUUCACGCCAUUUCCUUGCUCGCACCCGUACUGGGCUCCGAGAUAACAUGUUCCAAAUUGCUUCCUGUCGUCAUCACUGCAUCGAAGGACAGAGUGCCCAACAUUAAGUUCAACGUUGCAAAGGUGCUGCAAUCCAUGAUCCCAAUCGUCGACCAGUCUGUGGUGGAGAAUACAAUUCGCCCGGCAUUAGCAGAGCUUGCAGAGGACCCUGAUGUGGAUGUUCGUUAUUAUGCCAAUCAAGCUCUCCAAUCCAUCGACAACACCAUGAUGUCGAGCUAGGACUGCUGCCUCCCGGGUUUGUCUACUGUUUCUUUGUCUAUUUUUCUUGUUGUGUCGCUGAUCGAUCGGUCGUUUUGUUUGGUACAUGCUCGUCUCUGUUUACGUGUCGGGUCGGGUGGGUCGGGUUUCGAAUGGCUCUCUGUGGUUUUUGUGCCCAAGAGAAGUCAGAUAUUUUUCUUCAUAAGUUUUACAGAUAUUUCAUAUUUGCAGUUGUUGAUCAUCUCAUCUUAGGUCUAAUUUUACUUCUUUUUUUUUUUUUUUUUUUUUUUUUGCCCUUUGCUCUUUAGCAAUGCACUGUAGUCUGUUUUUUGUUUUUUUAAUAAAUCGUUAUAUGCAAAAUUCUGGCCGUUUAGUUUA